GGCUCACUUAUAUUCAACACCUCACUCUUCGCUCAAUCCUCGACAGAGAUAAGUUGACCAGCUCUAACUUCUUAGACUCGCAAAGAAACCUUGUUAUCGUUCUUUGACUUGAGAAGAAAGAGUACGUGCUCGAACGAGCCAUUCCACCUGCCCCAGCCACCAAUGCUCCUAGAGCAACCAAAGAUGCUUACGAAAAGCAUGUUGAUGAUGACAAUGAGGUGGCAUGUAAUGUUGGCUACGAUGACUUCUGACCUUCAGAAACAUCACGAGAGUAUGAAGGCGUGUGAUAUGAUCAUACACCUAAGACCGCUCUAAGGACAAGCUAGGCAAAAGAUAUUUCAAAUCUCUAAAGCUCUCUUUAGUGACAAGUUGUCUGUUGGAAACCCCGUUGGUCCGCAUGUUCUCAAAAUGAUUGGAUAUGUUCAAACUCUUGAGAAAUUGGGUUUCGAACUAAGGACUGAACUUGCAACUGAUCUAAUUCUGCAAUUGUUGCCAGAGUUGUACAAGCAGUUUGUGGUUAAUUACGAGAUGCAUGAACUCGAUAUACCACUGCCAGAACUUUUGAAAAUGCUGCAAACCGUUGAAGACAACUUGACAAAAGGGAAGGGAAAUGAUGUCCUUUUAGUUCAAGGAGGAAAGGGCAAGAAAAUGUUCAAGAAGGCAAAGAAGAAUGGUCCUAAAGGCAAGGGUAACACCGACCCAAAGUCAAAUUCUUCUAAGCUAAAGCCUAAAGGUGGGGUGGCCAAAGAUUCCAUUUCUCAUCACUCUAGUGAAGUUGGCCACUUGGAGAGGAAUUGCAAGCAGCAUUUGGCAACCAAGAAAAAGGGUGAAGCUUCUGCUUUAGAUCCAGCGUCGAUGUACGUCAUGUCCUCGCUCCCCGCUUUCACCAUUACCGCUGCCCAAACUGGUGCGGCUGUCCCGACUAUUGCCACUGCAACAAAGCCCCUUGCUCGUCUUUUUGUGAGCUUUGCAUUGGCAGUUGGUGAGCUUUGCAUUGGAAGUUGGCCCUUUUUGAAAAUCAACAGAAAUCUAGAAAUUGGCCACAAGAAGUUUAUGUUGAAUUGUGCAAAGGCGAACAUUGGCCCUAUGAAGUCCUACCGAUUGUUCAAGGAAUCAGUUGGUGGCUAUAAUAAUGUGGGUGCCACUGCAAUUGACUUCAAAAAUUUCAAACGAGACUUAAAGGCAUAUAUUGCAGGAGCUGAUGCUCAAAUGCUCAUUGACAAACUAUUGAGAAAGAAACAAACAUGCUCUGCAUUCCAUUUUGACUAUGAUGUUGAUGAGAGUGACCAGCUAACUAGGGUAUUCUGGUAUAAAAUGGUUUUUACACCAUUUACUGGUGUAGAUAAUCACUGCAGAUGUGUAACCUUUGAAGCUGGUCUGUUGCGCAGAGAAGAUGUUCCUUCGUACAGAUGGUUGUUCAAUCGCUUCCUUGAUGCAAUGGGUCAUGCCCCGCAAUGCAUAAUCACGGACCAAGAUGCUUCUAUGGCUAUUUCUAUUCCAGAGAGAAUGAGCCAAGCAGCAGGCGACGAUGGGCAGGCUGUCCCACAUGGGGAGCCUGAGCAUGUGAGCGUGCACACGGAAGCGUCAAGCUUCACACCCCAGCAGGUCCCUGAGCAGGCGGCCCCGGGCGCGGGCCCUGUUCCAGAAGCCGUUCCCAACAUCCAGCCGCAGUUUGCGGUUAACUUCAUGAACUUUCUCCAGCAAUUGGCUGACGUCCCUGAGCCCGUGCAGUGGGCCACUUUUGAGCAACUCUUCCAUGAAGAGUACAUUCCAGAGCACUUCGUCGAGGCGAAGCGGGAGGAGUUCCUGAAGUUCACUCAGGGUGAACUCACACUGUCGGAGUAUCGUCAGAAGUUUGAUGAGCUCGCGGGGUUUGGGCAAGACCUCGUCCCAACCAUGGAGAAGCGGUGCAAGCGCUUCGUGGAGGGCCUACGCCCCGACUUAUCGGCCCAUUUGAUCACUGCCCCUCGGGUUGACAUCAACGCAUUGUUCAAACAUGCGUUGGACAUGAAUGCAGCCCUCAUCAAGAAGGCCGAGUACGAGCAGGCCCAGACGACGCAUCCUCGUCCACCUCCGCCUAGCUCAAGCAGCAAGGGGUCUCCCUCCGUGCCAAGCAGGUCGCACACAAGCAAGAAGACCAAGUCAACACAUGCCCCGUCACCAGUGCCUACACAGGAAAGCGGGAAGAACCCGAAAAAGAGUGGAUAUCGGUACUCGAUCUGCACCCAAUGCGGUCGAAGGCACCCCGGAGAGUGUUGGUUUAUUCAGGGCUUAUGCCUAGGGUGUGGUCAGGCCGAGCAUUUCCGUAGGGACUGCCCGACGAACCCUGGCGAGGCGUUUACGACAGAACUCGAAGCUCCAGCCCCAGCCCGCUCAAAGCCAAAGAUCGGUAGCAGCGUCCAGCCAGCCCAAAAGGCCGACGCUAAGCGCUCAGUCUGGAGACGCUCCAGCUCGCACACUUGCAAAGCGCGGACGCACUGAGUAGUUUGCACAUGACGUAAUCAUGGCGAUCAAUGACUAGAAAAUUUUGCAAACUAGGUUAUCUAUCAUGUUUAAUAAUUAAUUAGGCCUUUAAUUAAUUAUCUCCCACUAUUUUUAACAAAUCAAUAACCCUCGAUAUUGAUUCGGAGAUUUCCGGCGAAACCUCUAGUGGGCCAAGAUCCAUAUUUCAUUAUCUUGCGUUCCGCUUGGGCGUUACUCCACAAGACAACUAUUUAGGUAGGAACAUAGUUCCAACUGAUGAGCCGGGCUCUCAGCUCUUGGUCUGGUGUUGGGCGAACAAUAUUACUACAACCGGACCAGGACACCUUUUCACCGUACUUGUAAUUGGCUGAGGCACGUCUUACAAGCAGACUACUUUGGUUAGGAAUAGAGUUCCAAUUAAAUCAUAAAGAUCCAACUCCUGGCUGAUGAGUGAGUAAAAUCAUCCGACUUGUCAUUGAUGACCCCAACUUACUGCCUCUGAGUCGUCCAUCCAUUUGACCGAGACUCAGUUAAGUCUAACCCAACGUGCGACAGCGACCACGCUAUGGCGGUUCCCGUAACCAGCUUAACAUACACCGUACUAUAGCCACAAUCAUCCACCAUGCAUAUCAUGCAUCCACACAAGCAAUAGAGAUAUACAUACACCGGGUGAACCGCGCUCACCCCAGACAGUUCUAGAAAAAUACUACGGUAGUAAAUAUUUUCUAAAACUCAUAAAAUUAAAUUAGAUGUCCAAAU